GCUAAAUUUCAUUGAUGAUAAAACGUGGUACAGAAGUGAUAAUUCUCUAAGACUCUUGUAAGCAUUGAAUUGGCCUUCUUUGAAGAAUAAUCAUUGAAGUGUAAAAUGGAGCAAAAUUUGGUAAAAACACAAAUUGAUGAGCAUUUGAUGACAAUCCAGCGGAUCACUGAGGAUGCAUUGGAACGCCUUGAAAGAUCUGGUUUGAAAGUGGAUAAGAAAUUUCUAAACUAUUUCUCAAAGCUGUCUAUUGAUCGGUUGACACAUACAUGCAAACGAUAUGGUGAAGAGGCAAAAUAUAAAAAUUCAUGGACCGUAUCGACUUCGAGUACUUCAACUUUGAGCGUAGUAAACACAACGAUUUCACUUUUAGGAACAGAAAAAAGCAGUGAUUCGAUGGGAAAUGGCGACGGCUCAGUAAAACGUCAGUCAGAGGUUGUGGUAAAUGUCGGAAGUGAGCUGUUGAAAAGGCAAAAAACAAUGAAAACAUCGAUGGAUAACGAUGAAAGUGGUGUUGUUGACCAGAGCCAACAUCUUAAAUACACAAUAUUUUAUUGUGCACAUUGUUUGAACGAGGAAACCCCGAUUGAUUCGUUCAAUGAAUUUGAUGAUGUGUACACACACUGGUUUACACAUUUGGAUGGAUUUGGAGACUCGAAGUCAUUCCAGUUCUACGCCGUUGCUUUGCUUAGUUGCUUCUAUUGCAAAGAGAUCAGGCCAUACCACGAUUUGGUGAAGCAUCACCAAGAAAAGCAUGCCGAUGCCCUGUUCGUCAUCACAGAUGGAAUGAACGCAAAGAAAUGUGGAAUGUGUCACUUCAAAGAUGGUGAUUUGGUCGAACAUUUCAAACAAAAGCAUGAUCUGAACUCAACACCAAAGCUCUUCAACCCGAUCUACUAUUCGGAAGAAAGAAUUGCCAAACUGUUGUCAAUCAAUGUGACCAAAAUCUAUGCAUGCGGCAAGUGUAACGAAAUAAUCAGAACACCAAAUGCAAUUGCUCAGCACUCUUUGGAUUUACACAAUGGCGAAGCAGUUGAAUUGAAAGAAAUCGAUGACAAUCACACCACACCAUAUCAUUUCAUUUGUGACAAUUGCCACGAUAUGGUCGAUGCCACCCGAUAUAUAGACCAUCUUUCGGAGCACACCUUCAAUUUCCGUUGCACUGUGUGCCCGUAUCAAUCAGGCGAUCUAUCGGAAAUUGCAUUCCACGAGAAAAUCGUCCACGACUUUGACUCCUUGAGCUAUCAUUGCAUGACAUUCCCAGUUUGGAUGAAGAAAAAACUUCUCGGCACAAAUGUGGUAUAUGCAAAUGGAUUGGUACUCAAAGCAUACAAUUUGCUUGAAACAAAGUUUGAUAAUAGCGAUCGGUUGGAUAUGUUUAUUCGUAGCUAUCUGGAUGGAAAGAAAAAACAAGCAAAGCGAUUGAUCAACACGCAUGGAAUGCAUAAUAAUCCAUAAGAUAA